GCCUCCUUGAUUCAAAUACCAGGAACAAGUCAGCCGGCACAAAGCGAAGCUUUGGGGGGCAGAAAACUCUCACCCCCGUCGGCGUGCGCGCACACACGCGCGUGAAAGCCCAAAAUCCGCCGGCAUGGGGAAGGAGGAGAAGAAAACCCAGCACAGCACGUCCCCAAAUACCCAGAGCCAGACAGGGAAGGCACCCGGAGGGGAGAAAAGCACCGGCUCGACGCAGGAGUCCGCGAUGAUGAAGAAGAAGAAGAAGCAGAAGAAAGCCAAGGGGGAUCCCAAAACGGGCCAGGAGGAGGAAUCCCACACUUGUUGUGGCUGCCGUUUCCCGCUGCUGCUGGCGUUGCUGCAGCUGGCCUUAGGCACCUCUGUAACAGUGCUGGGCUUCCUUAUGGCAGGCAUCAGUUCCUCUCUGCUAGUCAGAGACACUCCAUAUUGGGCUGGGAUAAUUGUCUGUGUGGUGGCCUUAGUGGGAUUUGUUAUGCUUUGUAUUUCAUACCAACCCGAUGAGAAGACAUGUAUGCAGUUCACAAUGAAGCUGCUGUAUUUUCUUCUGAGUGCCCUGGCUCUGGUUGCCUGUGUUUUGGCAGUGGCUUUUGCUGCACACCACUACUUGCAGCUGACCAAGUUCACCUGCGAUGCCAUCCGGGAGUCCUGCCAGUGCAAACUGGACACUGCAGACCCCCUGGGCCGGACCUUCGUGUACCAGGACGCAGCUGACUGUGGCAGCCUGACCAGCAUGCUCAGCCUGUACCUCCUUCUGCAGAUGGCUCUCAACCUGGUGGCAGCCCUGGUGUGCCUCCUGACGUGCUUCGUGGUGUGGAAGCACAGAUACCAGGUUUUCUACGUGGGCGUUCGCUUCCAGCCUCUCGUGGCUGCUGAAGGCCACAGGCAGCAAGUGUAGGGUCUGGGCUGGCAGGGGGCUGUGGCCAGAGAUGGGAACUGCCACCGCAGACACCGCGGAGGGAUGGAUGCUUGGAAGGUUUUUGAAGAGGAAAAACGCUCACAUGGCUUUAAUGAACAUAUUUUUCAAUCAUUUUAGGAGCAUUUUUCAUGGCUGCUCUUGAGGAAAGGCCUCUUGUGAGAUUAGCUAGAGGUCACAGAGUCCUAAAGAUGCAGCUGUACAAAUGCUCCCCAAAGAGGAUCUUUAAUAGCCAUAGAUAAAAUCAUUGGGAACUCAUCUGCAGGGCUACAGCUAUUACAAAAUAGGGUCCAUUUCCCUCUUGCCUUCAGAGAAGCUAUGCCAAUUUCUACCAGAUAAGGAUCUGAUCCAAACUGCUUAAUUAUAUCAGUGGGAACAUGCUUCGGGAAUGUAUCAUAUCUUGGUGCUCUGGGCGUAAUCCACACUAACCUGAUGGGAAUUUAACAUUCAGGAAAGUAAUGAGGGAGGUCAAGACUUCUUCCAAUGUAGGUUGAGACCAACAUCAAAGUGAAUAUAUUGAUGGCUGCCAUAUAAAAUACACAUAUAACUUUUCAGAGUGAUUAAUGAUAUGGGCUACCUAACCUAAUUACCAAUAAACAACAAGUAUGAUGGAGUUCACUGAAGGUUCUUUAUCCCAAGCCCUACUUGAGACUCCAGGCAGGUUUCUGAUAUUUGGGAGAAAAGAUCAGUUUAAGUAAUCUUGAGUUUCACUCCUGAAGUAGAGCAUAAAUCACUAGUCUUGUUGAAAACUAUGUCCCUAUUGCUCUAAUUGCAGGCUGACAAACCCAGAUUUUAGCCAGUUCCACCAAUUAUACUCCAAGCACAAAAGGCCAAAUGCAUUUUUGGUGUAACUCCUCUGAAGACAAUCAGCCUUACACACCAGCAGUGGAGUUGGGCCAACAGUCCUGAAAGAUAUAUUCCUGCAACAAUGAAUAUUUUUAAAAUGGGGUGGAGGGAGGGAAGCAAGAAGAGACUGCCAGUCUCCCAAAGACAUCUCUGAUAAUGAUGAGGGCAACAGAAUAAUGAUUUCUAGAUAAUUUUUAAUGAGGAUGGAAAAACAAACUGUAUUCAGCCAGUACUUUUUCACCCUGAAAGUGCAGCCCUAGAAGUGCUUUACUCUUGUUAUCCUUAUAUCAAGACAACGAUGUUGGUUUGUCCCUUGAACUGCCAUUUCCACUUGCGCAGCAUGGACAUCUAAAUUUAGGAGCAGUUCCUAAUUGGCAGCAUUUGGCACUGCCUCCUGAUCCAUAUCUGUGCAAGAGCCAGCUGGUGCUCACACCCUGCCAUGACAAGGGAUUUCCCGAUCCCAGCCAGAACGAGGAUGUCUCUGAGGUGGGGUGGAGCAAUCACAUGCCAGAAAAAUUGUGCCAUAAUCAUUAGCUAGGAGGAAGCAAAUGAGAUUUAUAUAAAGCUUCAAGGGAAAAAAAAAACCCAGCCAACUUUCUGCAACAAAAAUAGUCAUCAAAAAGUCAAACACCCA